AUUUUUUACCCUGCCGCCGCGCAUGCGACUUACAAACCUGGAUGCCAAUGGUUUGCUUAUUCGGUCGUCCUUUGCAGAUGGAUUUGUCAGGUUCCAUUGAUAUGCUUAACUCCGGUUUCGAGCCGACUAACAUUCCUUUACACUAUAUCUAUGCUACCGACCCAGCUGCAUGUCCCCCUUCGUCUGAGCCUUCCUUUGAUCUCUUCCCUUUCCCAUCUGUCGUCCAUCCGUCGCAAACCUUUCUUGACGUGCAGUCCAGGGACCAACCGUCCCGGCACAAAGACAAUCCCUCCGGUGUGUGUCAAGUCAAGAUACCAACACGCUUGCCCUCGCGUGCAUUUUCGCGACCGCAAAAAAAAUGGCACCAACCACCUUCCCCGACCGCACCACCCACGGCCCCUCCACCGACGCCGAAGGGAACCUCUCCGACCAAUCCACCGCAACCGGCAUCUCCUCCCCCUCCCGCGCCUCCUCCGAGAAAUCCUCCCCGCACGUAACAGCCGCUCCUCCUCUCACCGACGGCGCCACAAGUUCUGUCGCCCCCGAUGCCGAAAAGCAACAACCGCCCCCCACCACCGCAGCAUGGAACGCAGGCCCCCCGCCCCCCAACGGCGGCCUCGCCGCCUGGCUCCAAGUCGUCUCCGUCUUCUUCAUCUUCUUCAACACCUGGGGCCUGCUCAACACGUUCGGCAUUUUCCAGACCUACUACGAAUCCUCCGAAUCCAUCUUCCAGCCGCCUGGCUCCGUCUCUUCCUCCAACAUCAGCUGGAUCGGCUCCAUCCAGUCCUUCAUGGUGCUUUUGGGCGGCCUGGUCUCCGGCCCCUUAUACGACAGGGGAUACCUGAAGUACUUGAUCUACGUGGGCGCCUUCGGCGUCGUGUUCGGCCACAUGAUGCUUUCGCUGGUCUCCGAGUUCUGGCAGGCCUUGCUGGCGCAGGGGUUCGUGGUGGGGCUGGGCGCAGGCAUGAUGUUCACGCCGGGCGUGACGGUUUUGCAGAGUUAUUUCUCUACGAAAAUCGGGCUGGCGACGGGUUUAGCGGCGGCAGGCAGUUCGUUUGGGGGUGUCAUUUAUCCGAUUGUGUUUUACCGGCUGAUUGAUCGGAUCGGAUACGGGUGGAGCGUGCGCGUGAUUGGGUUCAUUGCGCUCGCGACGUUGAUGGUUCCGGUGGUUUUCCUGAAGCAGAGAACCAAGUCCGGAAAGGUCAGGGCGCUGGUGGACGUGUCGGCUUUUACGGAUGGGCCCUACGUGUUAUUUACUUUUGGCACGUUUGUAGGCUUUAUUGGCUUGUAUGUCAUGUUGUUUUACCUGAGUUUCUUUGGGUUGGAUACGGGCGCGACGGAUCCGGCUAUGGCGUUUUAUAUUGUGCCGAUCUUGAAUGCUGCGAGCAUGUUUGGUCGGACGCUGCCGAAUUGGUUGUCGGAUAAGGUCGGGCCGUUCAACAUUUUGAUUCCCGGCGCGAUGGUCUGUGGCGCCUUGACGCUGGCUAUGAUCGGUGUCAAGGGUCUUGGAGCCAUCAUCGUCGUCGCUAUCCUCUUUGGCUUUUUCUCCGGCGUCUUCAUCGCCCUUCCGACCGUUUGCUACAUCGCUCUCACCAAGGACAAGUCCCGCCUCGGCAGCAGAAUCGGCCUGGGUUAUGCCUUCCUCGGUCUCGCUACCCUCAUCGGCGGUCCCGGCACCGGCGCGAUCCUACAACAGACUGGUCAUAAUGGGCAUAACAACUGGACGGGAAUAUGGGUGUUCGGCGGUGUCAUGCUUCUUGCUGCCAGCGGCGUAUUUAUGGUCUUGAGGAGUUGGAAGUUUGGAUUCAAGUUGACGACAAAGGCAUAAACGCGGAUGAUGGCAUGGCAUUACGACAUGAGACUAUGAAUGAUUGAGUCUGAAGACAAAGGGAUAUCGGUUGGGGGUGUGUAGGUACGUGUGUAUACUACUCGAUAAUGUAAUAAAAGCCUAGACUUCACUCCUCUAUCUUCUCGUUCUACUUGAAGCUUCCAGCCAACAGUCUCAAGACGCCGGGGAGUUAAUAUGCAGAGAAAGAGUACCUCUAGUGUCGAAGACACGUGCUCCAGUUGAAUACCUAGAUCGUAGUUCUGUUUGCUAGACAAAACUCGGGUACACACACGGUAUAAGGUACCUUGAUAGAAUCUCACAG